AUAUACCUCCACCACUCUUCUCUCCAUUUGGCCCACCAAAACCGGAAGCUCUCAGGAAGCUUUCCGGCGUUUUCCUUGGAGAAGAUUGCCAAGCUAAAAGAGCAAGGAUAGCUUUGUUGAGCUAAGCGAACGUUAACGAGCAGGCGAUCUUUGGUCAACUUGAAUUUGCAACAAAGGAUGGAUUAUGUAUAUGGACCUGGCAGAAACCAUCUCUUUGUUCCAGGGCCUGUGAAUAUCCCAGAGCCUGUGAUACGGGCCAUGAACAGGAAUAAUGAGGAUUACAGGUCCCCUGCCGUGCCUGCAUUGACAAAGACUCUUCUCGAGGAUGUUAAGAAAAUCUUCAAGACAACAAGUGGAACUCCUUUCCUAAUUCCCACGACAGGUACUGGAGCUUGGGAAAGUGCAUUAACAAACACAUUAUCACCUGGUGACAGAAUUGUGUCCUUUCUCAUUGGGCAAUUCAGUCUUCUCUGGAUUGAUCAACAACAACGCCUCAAAUUUGAUGUUGAUGUCAUAGAAAGUGAGUGGGGACAAGGCGCCAAUCUUGAUAUACUGGCAAUGAAGCUAGCAGCAGACAGGGCUCACACAAUUAAGGCCAUCUGUAUUGUCCACAACGAGACAGCAACUGGAGUCACCAAUAAUUUGUCAGCUGUAAGGAACCUUCUAGAUGAGUACAGGCAUCCUGCGCUGCUUCUUGUUGACGGUGUGUCAUCAAUAUGUGCUCUUGAUUUUCGAAUGGAUGAAUGGGGAGUUGAUGUAGCUUUAACUGGCUCACAGAAAGCUCUUUCUUUGCCUACUGGAAUGGGCAUUAUCUGUGCUAGCCCCAAGGCAUUGGAAGCCUCUAAGAUGGCCAAAUCAGUAAGGGUGUUCUUUGACUGGAAUGACUACCUGAAAUUCUAUAAACUGGGAACUUAUUGGCCUUACACUCCUUCGAUCCAACUGUUGUAUGGGCUUAGAGCAGCUUUGGAUCUUAUAUUUGAGGAAGGACUUGAUAAUGUAAUUGCAAGGCACGGCCGUUUGGGUAAAGCAACAAGACUAGCUGUUGAGGCUUGGGGCUUGAAGAACUGCACACAGAAGGAAGAAUGGUUUAGUGACACAGUAACUGCAGUGGUGGUUCCACCUUAUAUUGACAGUGCUGAGGUCGUUAGGAGGGCAUGGAAGAGGUACAAUUUAAGCUUAGGUUUGGGCUUGAACAAAGUGGCAGGAAAGGUGUUCAGAAUAGGACAUCUAGGAAACCUCAAUGAGGUAUUCUCUUCUUCCUUUGGUCUUUCAACUGCAACUGCUGGGCUGUCUUAGUGGAGUGGAGAUGAUACUCAAGGAUCUCGGCUGCCCAGUCAAGCUGGGAAGUGGAGUGGCAGCUGCAGCUGCUUAUCUUCAGAACACCAUCCCAAUGAUCCCUUCUAGGAUAUAACAUUUAAUCAACAUUCCUCAGGCUUUCUGUAGAUAUGAUCAUGUAUUCUGCACGCUUGUGAGGCUUGUUCUCCAUAUGUACUGUUCUAUACUUGAUUAUUCUAUUUAGAACUUCCAUAUUUAUAUCUAGUCAGUUAUCUUUUCUUGUUUCUA